UGAGCAUUAGCUUUCUGCAAACAAGCAGCUUGUAAUUCGCAAUUAGGGUUUACGAUUCGCGCCUCUUGCCACCGCCUUUAUAGCACGUCACGCUCUCCUUUUCUUGGCCACCCUUGGCCCGUAGCGUGACCUAGGGCUGUUUUUUCCGUGGGGUGCGCAGCGCAUGCGACUCUAGUGAGGCGGCGUUGCAGAAGUGCACCCUCGAGCGGCCGUCUCAGUCUUGGCUGUUUGCUUCGGCAAACAAACUGGCUAAUUCGGCGGCUCAAUUUCCAUUGUUUGAAGUGCUUGAUUGGUCGUCGAAAUGACGAUGACGCCGCAGGAAGAGGACGAGCUGGAGAACGAGGAGGACGACCUGGGCGACAUGCUUAUUACGGAGCAGGAUCAACUCGAUCUGGAGCCGGUGGCGUUUGAGCAAGUGCAAAUUCCAGUACCAAUUUUACCGAAAGUUGAAGAGCCACUGAAGGCCAAAGGGGGGAAGAAAAUUGACAACCCACCAGAGGACAGACUUGUUGUUGCAGUAAGAUUGCGACCACAUGACGACAGGAAGGACGCCAGAAGGUCGGUGUACGCGUUAGACGACAAGACAGUUGUAGUGAGAGAAAAGGAUAACGUGAGAACGGACAUUUUACGGCAGAAAAGGGUGUCAGACCGACAAUACGAGUUCGAUCUCGUCCUAGAUGAAGACGCAAAUCAGGAAGAGGUUUACGAAGGCACGACUAGAGCUUUGGUAGAAAAAGUGGUGCGUGGUGGAAAUGCAACGGUUUUGGCCUACGGCGCGACAGGAGCUGGAAAAACUUACACCAUGGUCGGCACUGCAGAGGAACCGGGAGUCAUGGUCAGGGCUUUGGACGAUCUCUUCAAAGAGGCUGCGGUUUUGGACGGGGAAACCGCUGCUGAGAAAUUGCCGGAGGAAAAGGACGGAAGCGAAUCUGAUCUAAGCAGCUCUCCGUUAAGCAGAAGACGGAAAAAACCAGCGCCAGCGCCCAAGAGACAAGUCACCAUGUCCUAUCUUGAAGUGUAUAAUGAAAAAAUCAAAGACUUGCUUAAUCCGAGCGCCCAGCAGUUGGAGCUGCGAGAAGAUAGCAGUGGCGGUGUGAGAGUUUCUGGCCUCUCCGAAGUAUUUGCGCAGUCGACAGAAGAGGUUCUAAAACUACUGCAAAGGGGAAACAAAGCGCGCUCGGUGGAGCCCACAGCAGCAAACAAAACUUCUUCAAGGAGUCACGCGAUGCUGCAGGUGUCCGUCGUGGGAAAUGGCGAACCUGAAGGACGUUUGCUCAUGGUAGACCUCGCUGGGUCAGAAAGGGCCUCACAGACACAGAACCGUGGCAAGCGUUUGCAGGAGGGUGCCCACAUCAACCUGUCUCUGCUAGCAUUGGGCAAUUGUAUUACAGCGCUCGCGAGGGGUGGCGACGUGCGCCACAUAAACUUUCGCGACUCCAAGCUGACGCGACUGCUGAAAGGCGCCUUGACCGGUGGCGGCAGCAAACUGAGCUGCGUCAUGAUCGCCCAUGUCGCUCCAGGGUCAGUGCACCGCGAAGAAUCACGCACCACCCUCCUGUACGCGGAGAGGGCGGCCAGAAUUUCCCUUGCCGCAGCUCAAAAUAGCAGGCCGGCGGGCUACAUGGCCGCGCAAGCAACCAUCCGGGCGGAAAAGAAGAGGCUCAGGGCUGAAAUCGAAAUGAUGAGAGCCAGACUAGAUGUUGAAAGAUCCAACUCUGACGAAGUAAUCCCGAGUAACAACAAUAAUAGCAACAACAUCCCCACUCCGAGGAUUCACCAUCAGAGUCAUCACCCCGUGAUGAUAAGAAACCAGUCAAGAAUGAUGCACAUGCAGCAAGUUCCCAAUGACGAACUUUCUGACAUCAAGGAGCAAAUAUUGGCUUCGUUCAGGGACCAGAUGAGAGCUAGGAGGAGAUUGUUGGAAGUGGACAGCCAACUUCUGGGCCUGGGCAUGUUAUCAGAUAGGUAUAACUUGACCCUCAGGCGGUGGGAGGCCAAACACGGGCAGCUUUACAAGGCAGCCAGACUGGGGAGAUCGGCAAAAAAGUCGCUCACUGAUCCUGAAGACUCAGAUUACACGACACAGUUGGAGGAAGAGGCACAGCAAGCUUGGCGUGAGUUAUGCCGCAUCGAAAGAGAGCAAGAACAUCUCAAUGCAGUCAGAGCGGACGCUCAAAACGACUUGGAGAAGAGCAGGCAGAGGGCAAAUAUUUUGGAGCAAGAACUUUCAAAGAGAGUUGGUAGUGAAUGGGGUGAACGAGAGCUGCUUGCCCUGAUCUGCAGGGUGCACGAGUUGGAACUAGAAAGGUUGGAGGCGCAUGGUGCCGCCCUUGCUCGCGAGCACGAGCUGAGAAGGAGACAGAGCGCUCUCAGAAGGCAUGAAAGACAACGACAGCUUUGUGAUCAAAUCAUCACGCAGCAGAGACAACUUAUUGAAGAGAAAUCUCUGUCAUUACCUGAUGACCUGGAGGAGCUGUAUUCCGAGUAUCUGCGAGAAGUUCAAACCUCCAGCUUCAACGCGAGAGAGCCCGAAAUUGAGACCCCGGGCACCGCAUUCCGCCUAAAUCUUCCGCCAAUCUUUACGGCUGACUAUGGCCAACACUUGGAGCCAGACCCUCUCCUGAGACAGAAUCCAUCCAGCAGGGGAUUUAUUGUUAGUCCAGUGUCGUCGCCAAUGAUAGUCCAAUCGCACCAACAUUACGCACCGAGAAAGCCAAGAGUGCAGCGCACCUACCGAGUUAGCAACAAAAACAAACGCGAGCCGGACAUAUAUCAAAUUAGCACUCCUGGAAGUUCAGGCGACUCAAGCAGGGAUUCGCCUCUGCCUCCUAUUAAUAAUCAAGCAGAUCUGACUUUCAGUUUGAGUCAAGCAAUGCACCUGAUGGCCUCAUCACCUCGCGGACAGCACAUGUCAAUGUCCCCGCUGCCACCGAUAAAACUGCCUACCUCGGCCAAGUCACACCAACACACUGCUUUUGGCCAUCCACCUCCGUGUCCACCAAAACCUUCUCGAUUGCCGAGGCCCGUCGCCACCCACGGUGGCAGAAGCAGGCGGAACAGCUUGAUGCCUCGAUCGCUGAGUGAUGAGGAUCUGAGAGAUUAGUGAUUUUCAAUCUACAGCUUGUAAGCUAUUUUCUUCAUUUACCAGAAAUGCUGUAGCUUCUGAAAAAAAUCAUGUGAUGUUAUCUGCG